CAUGCGCGAAAAAUCCCUCCAUUGGCGUCACUGCGUCGUCAGCAGCAGCGUCGUCGUCGGCAUGUGAGCACCUUGCGUUCCCGAAUGUAGCGUGCACAGUGAUGAACAAGUGUCGGUUUUACUGGUUUUAGUGUUUUCCUACGGAGACUCUAAACGACUUCUCGUACGGUAAUCCCGUGUCUCUCUAAUUCUCUCUGCUCCAGUUAGAAGAGAAGGAGGAGGAAGAGGAAGUGCGUGUGUCUCUCUCUCUGCUCACGAUUUAUAUCGCCGCGCCAUCAACAUGUCAGCACUUCGCGCGGAUGACAAAACGGAGUCCGACGAGGAGAGGCUGCACGCGAGCUACAGAGAACACAUUGUGACUUCCAGCGAGACUGAUACGUCCUGCACCACUGCGACGAAAACAGAGGAAAGCGAAAGCACAGAAACUGAGAGUCCUCAAAGGAAACGAAGCAACUUGUCACCAGAUAGUGAACGGCCAUCCAAAGUAGCGAAGCAUGAUGCUAAGGAUGAUACCUCGUGUGCUAGUACAAACGUGCCCUCGGAUUUAACAACAACCAAAGGUAAUGAAAAAAAUGAGGAUGCAACCGAUCUGAACAAAACGAACGUCGACAAUACGGUUCUGGUAGCGGAGCAUUACAAUGCGCUCGAGGAGAAGGGCCUCUCACAGAGAAAUCAAAGCCGAAUUGUGUACAUGAGAAACUUUAACAACUGGAUUAAGAGCAUGCUUAUAAAUGAAUACGUAGUUAAAGUGAGGCAAGGUAAAAGCUUUGGCGCUUCGCUUAGGGUUCUGGACAUGUGCUGUGGUAAGGGCGGGGACCUUCUCAAAUGGAAGAAGGCUAACAUUUCGCACCUGAUCUGCGCGGACAUAGCGCAAUUGUCGGUGGAACAGUGUCAACAACGAUAUAAUGACAUGGUGAAUAGAACAGGUUCCAAGGACAGAGGCUUUGCUCCCAUUUUCAAUGCAGAGUUCAUAACUGGUGAUUGUACAAAGGUCCGUCUAAGGGAGAAGUUCGCGGAUCCCAGUGUGCAGCUGGAUUUUGUUAGCUGCCAAUUCGCUUUUCACUACAGCUUUGAAUCUCUGCCGCAGGCGGAAUGCAUGCUUCGAAACGCCAGCGAAAGUCUUAAGCCAGGUGGCUACUUUAUUGGAACGAUACCCGACGCGUACGAUUUAGUUUCUAGGUGGCAAAAGUGCGACGGUAACAAAUUUGGUAACGACGUGUAUCACGUUGAAUUUUUAUCCGAGGACAAAACGAAACCGCCGCUCUUCGGCGCAAAAUACAAUUUCCAUUUGGACGGUGUGGUCGACUGUCCUGAAUUUCUCGUGCAUUUGCCUACUCUGCGUAAAUUGGCUCUCAAGUACGGUCUUGAAUUAGUAUCGUUUGAGAGAUUCGAAGACUUCUAUGAGCGUUCCAAAGGCGAGGGUAGAUCUCUUUUAGGAAAUAUGCAAGCAUUGGAAACUUAUCCGCCGUAUCAUGAAUCGCCUUUACUCGGUGACUCCGAGCGGGACUAUCAUCACGCUAUUGAAUAUAUGCAGAAUCUGCCUGCGAAUCACCGUAAAAUUGGCACUCUGUCGCAGUCGGAAUGGGAAGUCACUUCAUUAUACGCAAUAUUUGCGUUUCGAAAAAUGAAGACGAUUUGGAACAGCGAAGGAAAGCCAGAGUAUAAACAGUAAAAUCUCAUAAGAUGAACAAAAAUAUGAAAAUUGAAAUAAGGAACGACUUUUAUUAAUGCUGCUGAUUUUAUAUUGUACAAAUAAUUUUUUUACUAUAUUAACUAAGUUUAUUAUUAUGGAAUGAUAUUAUCCGUGUGAUACUAAUAGCUGCAUUUCAUAGACUGACAAUCAUGUAAAAAUAUCAUCAAAAUCUUAAAGUUUAAUCAUUUGGAAAACAGAA